CGAGAAAAACUAUGUUAUAAUAUUGUUUGGACCACCGUCAGCAAAUCAUUGGCCUGAUUUCUUAAAAACACCAGAGUAUCCAACAGGACUACAACUUGAUAUUCCAUAUUAUCAACAUGGAUUUGCUAUAGAAGUACAAGGAGAACAACAUGAAAAAUUUAAUAAAUUCUUUUAUAGAGGAGACCCCAAUAAUUUAGUUAAACAGCAGGAACGGGAUCAACUUAAGGAAGAACUCUGCGAAGAAAAUUGGAUAACACUAAGAUAUGUUUGGUAUUAUGAAGACCCAUUUGAGAAAAUUCCAGAUAUCCUUCGAGAACUGGGUCUUAUUCCUUAA